AUGACUCUUAAUCCUGUGGAUAGUGAGAUGACGGGUGCUACAAUGAUGAUGACCGGGAAGGGAGUUCCCUCUGAGCCACCUCUUAAGAAGCGGAAGCUGAACAACGCCGGCCAUGUUGCUGGUAGGGAUGUUGAUGACGCGGGCGACGAGGAUGGCAAUUUGGGUCCUUCUGAGAAAACUGUUGCCAAAAAGAAGAUGACUCCGAGGGCUAUGAGAAAAGCCGAGAGACGCAAAGAGAAGCUGAAGGAAAAGCGUGCGCAACAGAAAGAAGAGCGUAGAGCUAAAGCUAGCGGUGCCCUGAAGCUGAUCAAGCGGGCAGCGAUUCUGGCGAUGAAUCUGGGGACGCAAAGUUGCGACUUUGAGCCGAAACUAAUCGAGUCCCAGACUGGCACUCAAUCGCGCAAGCGAGGCAAAAGGAGUCAAGAGGCCAACAAGAAGAGACGUAAGGCGAAGAGGGAGAGGAACAGAAAAGCACUGCGGGAUUACAAGGCACUACUCGCCAACCAGAAGUCUGGUGAGGAGACCCGCGCUAUCUCUCCUUCCGCCGCAAUGGACCCAAAGGGUAAAGCCCGGGCCAUUAUCGUCAAUUCCGCUGUUGAGGUUUCUUCCGACGGCGUCGACGACUGUUCCUCUAACGAGGGAUCUCCUGUAGAGGAGACCCUCGGGAACGUGUCUAAUGACGACGGCGGCGACAGCUCUCACAAUGAGGACACUCCUAUAGAGGAGGCCCUUGGGAGCGAGGCUGAAACUUCGCUCGCGGCCAACCCAAUGGGAAAAGCCCGGGCAAUUAUUGUCGAAUUAGGCAACGACAGCUCCGACGAGUGCUCUUCGGACACAUCGUCUGCAGCCGGUCCAAAGGGAAAAGCCCGGGCCAUUGUUGUUGAUUUAUGCGAGGACACUUCCGACGAGGAAGGCACUCCCGAAGAGGGCACUCCUAUGGAGGAGGCCCUCGUGGAGUAG